AUGAAAGCGAGCGACGCGAAGAAACAUCCACAGCACGCCACUGCCACCACUGCAGAACUGACUUCCAUCAUGGCCAAUGGAGUUUUCUCGAUCGUCCCGCGAUCAGAAAUUAAGCCUGGAGACAUAGUAGUCCGAUCCCGAUGGGUUUACACGGAAAAAGUAAUCGGUGGGCAAAUUACUUUGAAGGCGAGGCUAGUGG